UCUCAGUUGACUUGCUUUAGGGGUACACAUUACUAGUUCUGUAUAAUACAGGGUGUGUAUUCGUUAAUUCAGGCGAAAUUUAAUGAAUGCAGAUGUAGAUAAAAAUAAGGAUGUGUCAUUUACUGAAACAAUAAUUGGAAUUUUUAUCUUUUGUUUAUGAUAUCAUUCGGAGGUGGAUGUAUUUUUUCAAGAAAGAUCACACGUGUUUUAGAUGAGUCGUGAAAUUUAAAUGUCUAUAUUUAUCUUAACGAAAGUUUUGUAAUUAGUAUUCUAUGGAAGUUUGAAACGUACAUAAUUACUGUAUAAUUAAUUAUCAUAAAAGAAAAGGACAUACAAUAAACUUCACCUGCCCAAGGUCAUACAACACAUCACCGACGAAAUGUAUGAUAGAAUGGAAUCUGGGUAAAGGCGUGUGACACAGCAGUAAAAUGCAUAAACUGGGAGUCAUAGUUUUCACUUGUCUUCUACUGGUUAUAGUGCCUUUCAUAACGGGUGAUGACGGUAAAAAUACCGAUACCCCAGAAAAAGAAACAAGACAUGGGGAUUCAGAACUGGAAACAAACGAAGAUGUAGACGGGAAGGAAGUUGAAAAAGUAAACAAAAACAAAGAUGUUUCCAAUGCCGAAACUGAUAGCAAAUUCGAUGAAUCAUCUUCAGAGAAUUCUGAUUCGAAGUCAGACGAAACAGAAAGGAGCGAUAAAAUAGACACUCAUCCAAUAACGAAUACCGAUGAAACGUCAAACAUAAAGGGUACUGAUUUCUUGUCAGUGCCAAAAUCUUUAUUUGUAACCGCGCCCUUAAAUAGCAACAUCUUUAGAAAGAAUGUCGAAGACGACAGUUACGAAGAUACAGAUGUUACGGAAGCAGAAAUAAGGGGCAUCAUAAACAAUGUUGAUUUAUUGUUAGAACGUGAUAAUUUGAAAGGUGCAUCUAAAAAAAGAGAAGAAAGCAUCAAACAUAAGAUAACCACCGACGUUGACGGUAGUAGUCAUUCUAAAGUAAGCUCUCUAUCAAAAGACGAUAAACUGACUUCGUCUCGAAAGAAUACGAUAAAUGGAAUUACAAACGAAAUGGACGAAUUUUCUGAUACUGAGCUGUUGUCUCUCUUGGAAAACUUGAGUAAAUACGACGAUUCAGAAAUUCAAAUGAUAGAUGGAAAGGAGUUGAUGAAUGUGAAAGACACGAAAAAGCAGCAUGCUUCAACAGAGCGCAACGACGAAAGUGAAACCGACCUGAAAGGUUUAGAAGAGAAAGUUAAAGGAGGGCAAACAUUUAUUGAAAAGGAAGCAAAAAUCAAGUUUACAAAUAGAAAUAAUGAAAAUAAAGAUAACAGGAAUUACUUCAAAGUAUUUAAUCAUAUGAAUAUGAAUGACAAUAUCUCCGAGACAACAAAAUAUGAAGGAAAUAAACCGUUCAAACUGACACAAAAGAAAAACGAUGAUAAAAAGAAGGAAUCACAUCUUGUAGGGUCAAAUAAUCAAAUGAUUAGUUCUUCAGUUUUAGAUUUGAAAGCUGUAGGAAAUAAAUAUAGAUAUAAUGUCAAAACAGGUCAGGAUAAAGCAGUUAAAACUUUAAGGGCAGGUGUUUAUCUUGAUAGUAGGAAAGAAAUUGAAAAUGAAGAUAGUUCGAGGUUUUUAAAAUCUAAAGAUACAAUUCAGAGCAGGUUUACCGGAAAGGAAUCUGUCUCCAAUCAAGAUGAAUCAGAGGAAAGCAAAAGUCAAGAAAAUAUCAAUAUUGAGGCUUCUUCCACACAUAGUACAACAGAAGACGUUCGUCAAGAUAUUCCCGACGUUUAUGGUUCAUCUAAACAUGGGACCGAUGAAGACUCUAGUAAAUAUAAUAUAGACAAAAAGGCUUUUUUAAACCGAAAAACAGAGGCAGACUCAAGUCAAAUGAUUAUCAACGUCGAAGAUUCACCCAUGCAUGGGAAAGAAAAGGAGGUUAUACAAGAAGAUAAUACUGACGUUAACGAUCCCAAAAAACAAAAGAAAAAUGAUGGAGGCUUUAGGCAAAUGAACAUCGACAUCAACAGCCCAUCUAAACAAGGAAAAAUUGAAGGUAUUAGUCAAGGAAAUAACUACUCAAAGAAUCCUCCUAAAGAUGAGACAGAAGAAAGGAGAAGUAUGAAAAAUAUAGACGUCAAACAAUCAGCUAAAGAUGAGACAGAGGAAAGCAGAAGUGAUGAGAAUAUAGACGUCAAACAAUCAGCUAAAGAUAAGACAGAGGAAAACAGAAGUGAGCAGAAUUUAGACGUCAAACAAUCAGCUAAAGAUGAGACAGCGGAAAGCAGACGUGAUGAGAAUAUAGACGUCAAACAAUCAGCUAAAGAUAAGACAGAGGAAAGCAGAAGUGAGGAGAAUAUAGACGUCAAACAAUCAGCUGAAGAUGAGACAGAGGAAAGCAGAAGUGAUGAGAAUAUAGACGUCAAACAAUCAGCUAAAGAUAAGACAGAGGAAAGCAGAAGUGAGGAGAAUAUAGACGUCAAACAAUCAGCUAAAGAUGAGACAGAGGAAAGCAGAAGUUCGGAAAAUAUAGAUGUCAAACAAUCAGCUAAAGAUGGAACUCGGGAACAUCUUAUUCGAUUGAAUACAGAGGUCAAUACUCCUUCUAAAACUGCAACCGACGAAGAUAAUGAGCAAGAUGAUUUCAACAUUAAUCCAUCUGAAUAUGGAACAAAGGUCAUAAUGGAUGAAGAAAUUAGUAAAUCUAAGAUUUCAGUUGAACAUUUGAAUGACAAAAAGGCUACUAAUGAAAACAUGGAAAUUAGGGACCCAUCUGAGCAUCCAGAAGAUAAUCAACAGAGUAAGACAAUUACUGAAGUUUUGAAAGGAAAACAGAAUAGUAUGAAAAAUAGUGAAAUCAAGGAUACAUCUGAGCAGACAACAGACAAGAAUGUUGAUAAAACAAGUAUCAACGUUAACUAUCCAUCUGAUAAAUCUGAAGAGGACACGAAAGUUGAUAGUAUUUACGUUAAAGAUUUAUUUAAACAUCCAACAGAGAAGAACGUGAGUCAAGAAAAUAUCAACGCUAAUGAUCCAGUUGAACAUACGUCUGUCAUACAUAUAAGUCCAAUUAAUGACGUUAAAAAUGGGUUUGAAAAUCGGGAAGAAGACGACUAUAGUCAGAAAACCUCCGAAGAAGAAGAAGAUUCACUGUAUAUUUCUACUGAUGAUCUCAGUAAGGAAAAUGUCAAAACUGGCGACCUCUUUAAAGACACGAAAGAGGAACAAGUUGUAGAAAAAGAACAGCCUGUAAAACCGAUUAUUAAGCUUCCAACAGUACCUCUGUUCGAAAACGAUGAUUUGCGAAUUCAAAAGAAAAAUAAGAUGACAGCUGGAUCUUUAUAUUUAGACGAUGAUGACGAAUCAGAAAGAACAAACAAUAAUUUGAAGUUGAAGAAUGAAGAUCGAAAUAGUUUAAAUAACCCACCAGUCAUAGGAAGAAAUAAUUUGAAUACUGCUUCAAAUGUUAUUGACAUGUCAGUGGAAAACUCCGUUAAGACCAGAAGACUGUUGGCUCAGUUGGACGACAAAUCCGAUUCUACCGAUGACGGUUCAGAGGCUUCAGAGAUGGCAGAAACAUUUUUGGAUGGACUUAUUUCAAAUUUACCCAAUUCUACAGAAAUACCAGUAGACGAAAAUAUAUUUGAAACUUCUACUCCAUCGGGAACCCCAGAAGACACGACUGUAAUUGCAGAUUUCACUCCAGCUGAUUUGGCUUGUCUGUCAAAUCCUUGUGUGAACGGUACCUGUAAAGAUAUUUCAUCAGGAAGAUAUAUUUGCCUUUGUGAUGUUGGAUUCACAGGAAACAACUGUGAAGACGCCAUAGAUCCAUGUAUAGUGAACCCCUGUCCACUUGGUGCAACGUGUUUACCAGAUGGUGCCUCACGAAUCUGUGUAUGUCAAGAUGGGCUCAAAGGUCCAAAUUGCGAACAAGAUGAUGUCCUCGUUGUGUGUAAUGACUUGACAAUUGAGCACAAUCUGAAAGUAGACAAUGUAAUAAAAUGUACUAAGACUGUUAAUUCUACUCCUGAUGAUCUGUGUUAUGACCCGGAUGAUACUAUUAAAUACGAAGUCAUUAUUACUGAUGGAGCAUUUUCUGGAUAUAUUGAUAACAAUCUAACUGUGGCUUGUUUGAAGGUUAAUCCUAAGAUAGUAUCACUACCAGAGUACUGUAUAAAUGUGACAGCAUCAGAGCAGGAUGAUAGAAUACACCGACCUUGGAGAAAAGCGACAUCUACAGUGUGCAUCACAUUUAACAAACCUCCAGAAUUCUCACCUAUAUCCCCUGUAACUGUCAACAUCAGAGAUGUACAAAUAGGGGAUCCUCUGAUGGUUGUGGACACAGUUGAUAACUUAAGUUUAGACAAUCCUUUAUAUAGCAUCGAAGAUGUUUAUCCAGACGUAUACAAAUCAAACUUUAGAAUAUCAAGAACUGGGGAAAUAUCCUUUGUGUCGAUUCCAGAUACAAUACCAAAUGACAGUCUGAAUCUUCUUAUUCGUGUAAAGGUGAACGAUAAUGGCAUUCCACCACUUGAAGCGGAAGCAACAGUUAACAUUACUCUUGUAGACAUUGAUUUACAAUGUAACUUCCCUAAAGAGAUAUAUCUUGGAAUUUCCUCCAAUACUACUAUUCUUGGUGUAAUUAGAUGUACAGGCGCAACACGUUUGACAUACCAAUUUAUCCCUAGUCCUGGUCUUCCACUAAUAUUUGGUGCCCAGGGUACAAUAGUUGUGACGAGAGGAUCAAAAAUAGAUUUACAAGCCGGAGACUAUAAUGUCAGUGUACAAAUACGUGCUAGUACUGUUGCUUCAUUCACUCUAGAUUUUAUUGUACACGUUGAUUACUACGAACCUUCCUGUUUCAACCUGUCUCCAGAGGUGAUGAUACACAAGAGUACUCCUCCUGGGAAUUGUUUUCCAGUGUCCUUUUGUAAUGAGACACAAAAUGGCAACAUUCGAUGUGGUAAAAGCCUGUCUGGGCAAUUGGCUCCUUAUCUUAGUCCUAGUUGUACUAUGGCUGCAUCUGAAAUUACUAUGAAGAUUUGUGUCGACACAUAUUUACAGAAUGUUAAUGUUAAAUACGAUGUAACUGGAACUGUGGAGAAUGAUUUUGGGGUAACUGACAUUGUAACAACUGUGAAUAUAUUCAACAAUCCGCCUGUUAUACUGAAUGUGCCAUUGACAGCCAACGUCUCAGAAGAUGCACAAACCGGCCGUGGGGUGUUAACAAUUGAGGUGGAAGAUGAUUUCCCUCCUCCGAUAAUUCAGCUUUUAGGUCCAUCCAUACCUUUUCGACUGAACGGAACAGACAUUUUUGUAUCUGGAAAACUUGAUUUUGAAAUUUCGAACAGUUACGACCUCACCAUUCUGGUAACAGACUCUGAAGGACUUUCUGUCACUGCUUUUCCCACUGUUAAAAUCAUUGAUGUUAAUGAGAAACCAGUUUGUCACUAUGUCAAUGGAACCUAUAUUAUUAACAUUGAUGCAUCUGAAACUCCUGGUACUACCAUUGGCAAGUUAAAUUGUACAGACCAAGACAUUGGUGAUCAGACUAAAUAUGAGAUAGAUGGCACCCAAGCUGUGUUAGAUACUUUUGAAAUAGAUGAAGUUAGUGGUGACCUCAGAUUACGCAAACAACCAGAGGCUGGUAAAAACUUGUUUGAGUUCAAUGUUAAAGUGACAGACAGGAGUGGACUGAAAACAAGUGUCAAUGUCAAAGUUUAUUUUAGUUUUUAUCCACCCAAAUGUGGAAAUGUUCAGAUUCAAGUUCAGAAGAAUGAGGACAGUUUUAAUUGUGAUACCAUAAAUACCACCUGUGUUGAUCCUCAAGGUGGCUUUGUUAAUUAUACCAAGGGAUCAUCAGCAGAUGCAGUACUAUUUAAUGUCUCAGGAACAAAUGAUGGCAGACUUGUGCUCUGUCCUGUUACCAGCUUGGUGGGAGAAGUUCGUACACUACAGUUUGAAGUGUUUGCUAAAAAUGAAGUAGGACAGACCCCCAUACAGAUCUCAAUAGAAGUGAGGGAUGUUAACAGCAAUCCAUACUUUGUAAGGCUUCGUAAUUUUACUGUAUCAGAGAAGGCAUUCCAAGGGACACUGAUUGGAGUUGUAACAGCUGAAGACCAGGAUACAGUCAAUCAGUUCAAAACACUGCGAUACUUUAUUGAUGAUACACAGUUUAUAUUUAACAUGGACCAAGAAAAAGGAGAGAUCAGACUUGGACAGAUUCCACUGAAUGCUUCAAAUGUACCUCAAUUUAGUUUACGGUUAAGGGUAACAGAUGCUGGUGGUCUUUCUGAUUCCACGACUGUCUACAUAACAGUUAUUGAUGAAAAUGAUCCACCAGUUUGUUUGAAUCCAUCAAAUAUUAUACCUGCCAAUGUCAAUCUAACAACACCUGUUGGUGCAAUUGUUACAAGCCUUAUAUGCUGGGACUACGACAUGAAAGUAAAAUAUAGGACUAUAAUAUACAACAUUACAGGAGACAAUGAAGGAAUAUUUUCUGUCAAUGGAAAUGGACAAAUAAUAGUUACCAAACCUAUACCAAGAAAUUCCAGAAGUUUUCGUUUUCAAGUUUAUGUGUCAGAUCUUGUGAUGAUUGAAACUGGUAACCUUACUCAGAGAACAAUAUUAGAUGUUUCUGUAGCAGUUAAUACAAAUUAUCCACCACAAUGUGAAAAGACAAUUAGCAAUUUGCAGAUAGAAGAAACUAAAAUUGUUGGUGAUUGUAUCGAGGAAAUAAUCUGUAAUGAUGUUACCCUUGGUGACAUUAGCAUAGGAACAGUAACGGGAACGGGAAGCUCCUAUUUCGAAGUUAAAAGUCGUGCAUCUAAUACGCAGGGCCAAUUGCCAUUGAAUUUGUGUGUUAUAAACAGUAUAAAGGACAGAAUGGGGUCUUACCGGGUAACAGUAACUGUGACCAACGGUUUAGGUACAACUUCAGUUACAUGGAAUUUGGAGAUCAUUGAUGUCAACGAACCUCCCUAUUUUGUAAAUACACCAUAUAGAGCAUUAAUUCCUGAAACUGUUGGUAUAGGAUAUGAAGUUUUAGGUGUGACCUGGGGUGAUCCUGAUAUCAGACAAGAAUACAAAACUGUAACUGUCACAUCUCAAGCACAAUCUCCAUCUGAUGCAGCACAGAACAUAAAUUUUAUAGCCAAUUUUAAUAAAUACUAUAUAAGCAAGGUCCAGAAUGCAACAGUACAGAAUUUAUAUUGGUUUCAAGUUACGGCAACAGACAGUGCAGGUUUAUCAUCAAUAGCCAAUGUGACCAUCGAAAUCCAAGAUGUAAACGAACGUCCAAUCUGCCCACUCAGCAACAGAAUAAUUAAUAUUGGACUACUGACCAAUGUAGGAGAAGUUCUGGACAGUUUGAACUGUUAUGAUACAGACAAAGAUGAUAAUAACAGAAAUCUGACUUACAUUAUUACACCACAGUCAGAUAACUUUGAUGUUUCCAAAGCUGGGGAUAUCACAUUGACUUCACCAUUACUAAGAUGGAAGGACCGUUACGAUUUAUAUAUAAUUGUAUCCGAUGUCGGAACUCCUCCAUUAACUAGAAAUAUUAAUGUGGCUGUUAACAUAAACAGACAGAUCGAAGCAGAAUGUUCUCCACUAGUAGAUUAUCCAUCUAUAUGGGUAAAAGAUGCUUGUGUAAAACUGAACAUGAGUUGUACUGAUCCAACCUUACCAGAUACAACACAUCUACAAUAUUUAACAUCAGGAAACUUUACACCACAAGCAUUUGUCCUCACAAAAGUGUCCCAGGGUGUGUUUGAACUUUGUUAUAAAUUGCUUGGUGAUAGCAAUACUCAGUUGAUUGUAACUGUCAGGAAUGGUCUGCAAGACUAUGUAUAUAACUUAGAUCUUCAAGUCAAAUAUGCUGCAUCCACUCCAGAGUUUACACAAUCCAAAUAUGUAAAGGAAAUCCCUGAAGAUGCUGUUGUUGGUACAUCUGUACUGCAGGUCAAUGCUACAGCUAAUGGAGGAGGGAACAUCAGAUAUUCCAUACAAGGGACAGCAUAUCCUGGAGUGUUAGAAAUAAUACCUGAUACAGGGAUUGUAAAAACUAAUGCAUCUUUAACAAUAUAUGCUAACAAAGUCAUAACCAUCCAAGUACAGGCAUAUGAUCUGUUGUCACAACUGAAGUCAUCUGUUGAUGUAGAUAUUACAGUUGAAGAUGUUAAUGAGCCACCUGAAUGUACUCUGGGACUUCCUGUUAUACCUGCAAUUAGAGUAGAUACUUCCAUUAACACCAUCAUCCAGAAUAUAACCUGUAGUGAUCCUGAUGUAAAGGCAGAAAAUAGAGAUCUUGACUAUUCCAUUUCAGGAUUAGAUGUACUGACAUAUUUUAAAACACAGAGGAUCAGUCCUUAUAUGGUUGAAUUAGCCACAAAAUCAUUGUUAUCUGUUACCAAGGCCAAGUUUGAUGUUGUUGUUACUGUUAAAGAUGGUGGACAACCUCAGCAGACCAUCACUUUGCCAUUUGAGCUUCAUGUUGACUUGACGCCACCUGUUCCUACACUAGAAGUAUCUGCAGUAAACAUGACCGCCAUUAAAGUUAAAUGGUUAUACCAAAGACAGGAUUUCUACACAGUUACUAACAAGUUUACCUUAAAAAUCAAUAAUAUAGAGUUAGAUUUACCUGUGGACAAGGACCAGUCCCAGAGUUAUGUAGUUAAUCUUGAUCCAGAUACAGUUUACAAUGUUAAGUUGGAGGCUGAUACAAAUUAUGGAACUGUUAUUACUCCUUUGGUUUCGGUUAAAACACCAGCUGUACCUGUAUUGUCAACUUUCGUUGCAUCAAUAAAGAUUACAGAUGAUAAUUUCGAUUCUCAGUUACUAGAUACACAAUCAUACAGAUAUGUAACUUUGUCUACAAGAGUCACAACAGAGAUGGCUUUUGUUCUGAACAGAACUCCAGGUUUUGUUUCUGUUUCGGUGAUGAUGUUCAGAAGAGGCAGUGUAAUUGUAGACUCAUUAGUGACUGUGAACCAGACAGGAACAGUAGCAGGAACCUCUAAUUCUAUAAGGCAGGCUGUGUCCACAGGAUUCGUUGGUCAGAUGUCAGUAGAUCCUAAUUAUGUUAUCAUUGGAAAUGGGGAUGGAUAUAUAAGAGUAACUGGUAUAUCUGUUGUUGGUAAUUACUACCAAGAUACCAGUGUAACAUUUACCUGCUCAGCUGAUAUCAUUGGUAAGGUAGGGACUGUUGGUGUUACCUGGAAACUAAAGAAUGCUGUAAUUAAUCCAACGACAGCUUCACGAUGGAAAACCGAGACGUUACCUGAUGAUACACAGUAUCCAGGGAGAAGACAAUAUCAAUUAAAAGUCAACCCAAUGCAAACAGGAGAUACAGGAAAUAUAUCUUGUCACAUAAGUGAUGGAAAACUUCAAUCUGAUUGGACGAUAGAUGUUGCUGUAAUUGGUAAACCUAUUGUGUCUAUAUCACCAAUGACAACCACAGUGCAUCAAGGAGAUUCCUUUAAUAUAGUCUGUCAGGUGGUAGAGACAUACGGAACACCUUCAUCAAUUACCUGGCAUAAAAAUGGUGAAAGUUUUAAUGGUGGACCAGAUGAAAUAAUUGACCGUGCCAACUUCACCUAUCAUGUGCUGAAAAUCUCCAAUAUACAGAACUCCAUCAGUUACAGUUGUUUGGGAGUGAACGUAGCAGGGACAGGGAAACAGGCUACAACUACUAUUACUGUUAUCCAGUCUGGAAUUUCUUACAAGUAUUGCCCCACAAGCAUUGAUAGUUAUGGUAAAAGAUGGAAUGGUACCAUUGGUGAUACUGAAGUAAUUGUUCCAUGUACUGGAGAUUACACAGGAACAGUAUCUAGGUUCUGUAUGAAAGAUGGUAUUUGGGAAGAUCCUGAUUACAGCAGAUGUGUCAGAAUUGAUCUACAGGAAGUCAAUGAACAGUCUGACAAUUUGAAGAAUGGUGUAGAAGUUGCUGAGGUAGAUAACAUUCUUCAGACCAUGACUGCUCUGACAUCAGAUAACUAUGGAGAACUGACCUCUGGUGACCUUGAAGUGUCAUCAUCCACCUUAGAUAAUGUAGCUGACCAUGCCUCUGAAAGGACAAACUCACUUGUUGUAGAUCAGUUAGAUGAAUUUGUUUCUUGUUGUGAUAAUCUCCUGAAUGAAAAAUACAAACCAAGAUGGGAACAGCUAAGACAACAGAAUUUAGUUGGCAUCAGUAGAGUGGUGAAAGCAGUUACUACAUACUCCAAAGCUUAUACUCAUGUAGAUAACAGUGUAUUUACCAAAUUUGUACAGAAGGAUAACUUAAUUGUACAAGUUGGGAAAGUUCAGAACAAGGAUGUGAUUUUCCCAGAUAAAUCCCAGUCUUUACCAUCAUGGGUGACAGAAUCUACUACCAGCAUCAAGUUAAACAAAGCUACUCUUGGUGGUCAGCAGCCAAUAGGAUAUAGUAGUACUUACUACAGAAAUAUUUCGAAUCUUUUCCAUCAGUAUUUAUUGGUUGAUGGUGGAGUGAGGCUGGUCAAUAGUAGCUAUGAUGUAAACUCGGUAGUCAUAGAUUUCUCCAUUGAACCAGCUCCUUCUAAACUCAACUCACCAUUAAUUGCAGAAUUUGAGUAUUUAUCUGUUAAUUAUUCCAGUCCUAUUUGUGCAUUUUGGGAUUUUAGUGUACUGAACACACCAAAUGGAGCUUGGUCAACAACGGGUGCUAGGCUGGUAAAGAGCACUGAUGAAGCUGCCACAUGUGAAUAUGACCACACAACUAAUUUUGCUGUUUUAAUGAGUCCAGGAAAAACACCACCAGCAGAUAUUUUAGCAUUGAGUAUUAUAUCAGCAGUAGGCUGUGCUAUUUCUCUCCUGUUCCUACUGGUCACAGUUAUUAUAUAUAUUGUAUUUUGGAGAUAUUUGAAGAGUGAUAGAUCAACCAUACUGGUGAACUUGUGUGUUGCUUUGAUUCUAUCUUAUACAUUGUUCUUAGUUGGUGUUACACAGACAGAGAAUAAGGAUUUAUGUACAGGCAUGGCAGUGCUACUACAUUAUAUUUUCCUGGUAGAUUUUCUUCUGAUGUUAGCCGAGGGUAUAGAGGUUGCCUUUUGUGUUCUUUAUGUGUUCUCAACAAGAUCCAGAGUUCACUGGUUGAUUCCUGUCUGCUGGAUUAUACCAGUUAUUAUAGUUGCUAUUUCAAUGGGUGCUACCAAGUUAGAAGGUUAUGGAAACUCAAAAUUUUGUUGGCUUACUCUUGAGUCAGGUUUACUAUGGGCAUUUGUUGGUCCUGCUUUACUUGUAGUAUUAAUAAAUUUAAUCAUCCUCAUCCUGGUGCUAAAAACUAUGUUUAGUAGUCAUUCUAUGUUGACAAAGACUGCCAAACAGCAAGCAAAAGCUGGUAUGAGAAGUAUAUGUGUUAUAUUGCCAUUAUUUGGUGUGACAUGGGUGCUUGGUGUUUUUUCUGUCAAUGAAGAUUUAGUAGUAUUUCAGUAUUUAUUUGCAAUAUUCAACUCAUUACAGGGAGUUUUCAUAUUUUUAUUCCAUUGCUUCUUCAACAGACAGGUUAGGGAAAGUAUACAACAUAGUCGAAGAAGAAAAAGAAGUACUCAUAUAGAUUUAUCUAAGUCUACCUCACAAUCAUCUAAAACAAAAAAUUUAACUAGAGAAUCAUCUGAAAACAUUCACAAUAACUUUGAGGAAGACUUAAAAAAUUCCAAGAACCCUUUCCUUCAGGCUGACAAUCAAGUUCAGCAGAUUGUUGACAAAUUUAAAAAGACUGAUCAUGAUGGGAAAGAGUAUAAUCUCCAUAAAGAGGCUGGUAUUAAUAUAGACGAUAUUAAAAUCACCAAUAUAAUGAGGGAGGCAGAAAUUAAUGACUCAAGAGAUCUGGGUUCUUCAGCACGUCAUAGUGCAUCAGGCAGUGAAAAAAGAAAAUCUGAUAGAAGCAGUACAGAAAAGUCAUCCUAUGGAUCUCGUGAAGGUGUGAAAUACAAAGCAUCAUCCAGCUCCUCAAGGACGGUGACAACUGCUACAACUAGGUCUACUGACCUAGAUACAAGACAUUCCAGUAGGUCCAGUGACCUGAGGCAUUCCAGUAGGUCAGAGGAAGACUAUGAGUCUAAAAUGAGAGAGAACCAAACAAGAUUAGAAAGCAUAUACAGUGGUACAUAUGAGAGAAAACUUAAAUCAGAAAAAUCUAGGUCUAAUCAGUACAGUCCUAAACAGCGAAAGAAAACUUUUGAGCCUGGUCCAUCUCAUAAGAAAGGAGGUUCUCAUUGGGGGAAGACAAAACAGAAAGUACCAUCAAAGAAACCGAGGUCCCAUGAUGAUGAAAGAAUUCACGAAAAAUCACAUCACAAGAGAAGUCGACAUCGUGAUCGAUCAGAAAUGUAUGAAGUUGAUUAUUAUGACAACCCUGCUCAUCAAUCACAUCACCGCAGCAUGGAUGACGUUAACAUGCAAUACAUGGGAUACCCACAACCGUUUGUCAGGACAUAUGAUCCUUUAAGGACACCACACGGCUAUCAUCAUCCUGAUGUUCCUUGGUAUGAAGUCAGACGGAAUGAUUACUGUUGAUUUCAGCAUUUGCUAGCAUUUUUAUUACCAUGUCUUUCAAUUGAGAACAAAAAUAAAAAGGUGCUUAAAUGAAUGGAAUAAAUUGUUUACUUCAUGCUUAGAAAUGUGUUGUGAAUCCAAUCAUUAAUUUUUUCACAAUUUCAUAAAAUAUUAUACUUUUUUUUCUCUAAUUCUUUGACAAUUUAUACCUUUCUGCACUCAUUGUAUAAAAAAAAUUUAAUCAACGUGUGGUUGCCGGUGACCUCAGAAGAUGAUUGGAUGAAUUAAAGGGUCAUAACCUUUAUCAGCUCAAAAUAUGCUAACAGGUGUUAAUGAAAUUGACAAAUUGUGAAAUGUGGAAGGCACUCGAAGGGGGUUUUGGUUUAACAAAAAAUGAAAAUGUAUUUUUUAAUCAUUAGAGAAACAGAUUCUUACAUAGUUACUCGUGAAUUAUCGAUUUAUCCAAUCUCGAUAGUUAAAUUAUAAAUUUUAAAGUCCUCUCCAAGGCUCAGACUUUAAAAUUGAUAAUUUAACUAUCUCGAUUGGAUAAAUCCGAUAAUCCACUGGUAUCAAUGUAAGAAUCUAUAUGUAUGCAUUAUAAACUAAAGAUUAUUUAUUUUUAUAAGACUUUCAAUGUUUGAUAGAGAAAUAAUUAUUACUGAAAAUAUAUUGUGGUAGCUUGUGAAAAAUUCAUUCGAAUGUUUAUUCAUGUAUAGCAAUAUCAUUACAAAAAAGCAUAAAACAAAUAGAAUUGUGUUUAUAACUUUGAAAAUUCAAGUAAACAUGGUAAAUCAUUGAAAAGGCUUUCUAUUUAAGGUUGUGAUGUUUAUAUACCAGCAUAUAUGAUACUUAUUAUAGGGGUUUCACAUGUUGAUCCAGUCAUAUUAUGUUAUAAGCAAGCGAUGUAUAAAAUGCAACUACCAAUGAUUUUUUUUUAUUUCAUUAAACAAUGGUGACCCUUGUAUUGCAUGUCCAAUUUUAGUCUGAAUAAUGUCACUUGCAAUUAAAGCAAUUAUCAUACACCACUUGCAAGUUGUAGGAAUUUACCAUUAAUUAAAGUUAUUUUUGUGUCGAUAUUACCUGAUGACUUUUGAAAUCAAUUUUAAUCUGUGGAGUCAAAUCUCAAAUGUUUUGUGUCGAAAAGCUACAAAGUUAUGGGAAAAUUUUUGAUUUACUUCGUUGAUGGACAAACUCGAAAUUGAUGUAUUCUCAACCUAAAGGAUGGUCAUUAUAGAGCUUACGCAGAGAUUAGAAUAUUUUUUAUGAUAUUUUUUUUUACGUUGUACAGGUAAAGUUGUUUUAUGAUAAAAACUGUUAUAUAUUUUUUAUGUCAAACAGCUGUUAUUACUUAGUUUGAAUGAAAUACUCCACAUGACAGAGUAUUUUUGCUAUUAGACCCAUCUCAGGGAAUAUGUCUCGUUAUGAAAUCAAAAUGAUAAAAAAAAAAGAAAUCCAUUGUGUGAUACAUGUUAAUUUUUGUUAUAUGUGAUUGUUAAGUUAUAAUCAAACAUAUUAUUAAUCAGCUGUGUGAUAUUAUAUAAGCUUGAUUGUAUAAUAAAAAUGUAACGUAAUAUUUUAUAAACUAUAUUUACUGAGAAUGUGAGAUAAAUUUAUAAGAAUUCAUCCAAGUCUAGUGAGAAAAUUUCAACUUUUCAAUGAUUCAUUACGCUGAUUGCAGCAAAAAAGUAAUAUGUUACAGAACUUUUGUUUUAACUAAAUUUUAUAUGCCCUUAUUCAUGGAGAUUACAUGUUCAUUAGUUCUAAGUCUAUGCAGAGCUACUAUAUUUCAUUAAUGAUUUCAUUUGGAGACUUAUAAUUAUCAGCGCAGUACAAACAAUCAUGUAUUAAAUGAUAAAACUUUAUGGCAUAGCUUUAGAUCAAAGUUUAAUUAUUGAUAGAUUGUCUUGUAUCAGAUCUAAGGAAAACAAGUUAGAAAUGUUUUUGAUAGUUUUGAUAGUGUGUAUAAUUAGGUACCUACAUUUUGUACAUGUAUAACUUGAAUUAUGUUUAAAAAAACCUGUUUAAACAAACUAGUAGAUAGGUUUUACCUUUUACUUAGUGUAAUAGAAAGUCCAGUAUAACUAUUAAAUCAGCAGGAUUUUAUAUUGGAUGCUUCAAGGAAUUAAAAAGUGAAUUAUUUUGUAAAUGUCAGAGAGUACUGAUGCCAAAUUAUUUGAUAUAUCUAAAGCAAUUGUUGUAAGGACACCCUGACUUUAUACUUAAACAUCCAAAUUGAGGACAGUCAUUGGGUAUUGUCAACAUUGUAUGAUUGUUACAAAUUCUGUAUAACAUUUUAGUAUGCAAUAUAAGUGUCUCAUUAUAUGCUUUUCCAUGUUUAUAUAAGCAUUAACAUUUAUAAUGGUUAAUUACAUGUGCUUAUUUGUAUAAAAUACAACAAAUUCAUGUGUCUCAUCACAGAAUCAUGUCUCUUGUAUAAAAACCAUAUCAAUAAGAUACAGUAAUGAAUUAUGGGUAAUGCUAUUAAACGAAAUCAAUAAAUAUAUUAUAUAAAUAA